UGACUAUACCCUGGUGUACAGCACCGGUCUCGGCAGUUCCCCCGUCACAUCGGUAUCGCUGGUCAUCAUCAUGAAUACCAUAGUCGCUGCCCUGCUGCUGGCAGCCGCCUACUUGGCGGUAUCUGAAGCUACUUUCUACGGAGGUUACCAUGGAGGUUACCAUGGCUACCCCGUCUAUAAGAGCUACCAUAGCUACCCUGUCUACAAAAGCUACAGCAGCUACCCCGUGUACAAGAGCUACAGCAGCUACCCCGUGUACAAGAGCUACAGAAGUUACCCUGUCUACAAAAGCUACAGCAGUUACCCUGUGUAUAAGGGCUACGGUGGAAGUUAUGGAUAUGGAGGCGGUUAUGGCUAUGGAGGUGGCUACGGAUAUGGAGGUGGCUACGGAUAUGGAGGAGGACACGACUGGUGGUAAAAUCCUAAUCCAAAAGUUUAUCAUGAUUUUGAAAUUUCUAUUCUUAUAGUGCAAUUUAAAAUAAGAUUUGUUUAAAACUAAAUAAUGAAUUGUAAUAAAUUUCAACAGGUUUAUGUAUUUUGUAUGUUCUUCUAAGAUUUUUACUUAUUUAAAUGAUUCUUCUGAUUACUAGAUUUCUUUUUAUCUGUUAAAUUAACUAACCGAAGCUGUUUCUUCACAUUAUUUAUAUGUUUACCGUAUUUUACAUAGUUUUCAAGCAUGGAGUGGGGAGCACCCACUUAAUUAUAACAAAUACAAAAGCAUUUAGCUUAUACUUAGAUUCAUAAUAUAUCAAACAUUUCUAGUCUUCAGUUUGUAUAAGUUACCAAUAAACUACCAUUUUAUACUUACAACAGGUAAA